AGGUAAAAGGUCUUGAUACUCGGCCAAUAUAAGGAACCAGAAAGGAGCUAUAAUCACUUGGCAGUAUAACGACUGUAAAUAGAGUGGCGCAUGCGCUAAACCGAUACCGCGUUCAUCUGAAUGAGGAUAAACUGAGAGUCAUCGCUAGAAUCAGUAAAACGUCAGUGAAGGUUCUUAUCCAGUCAAUGUUUUAUUUACUGUCGAGAGUAAUAUAAGUAUCUCCUUUUUUUUUAAAAAAUCUCAUGAAAAGUAGUUUGCUUUGUGCAACAGUGACUUAGGGACGUUUGUAGCGCAAAGUUGUGGCAACCAUGAGAAGAUUUGUGUACUCAUUUCAUCCCUACAGAAUCACUGCUUGUUAUGCCAUAUUUUUAAUAGUUCGUGCGGAAGAAACUGCAAAGAAUUUCGUAGAACCAACGAGUCUGGAAGAGCCAAUCCAAGAGUUGCUCGGGAACCUAUUGUCGAACGGUGAUGAGGUUCCAUUACGUAACCAGUUCUCCUGCGACGGAACCUGUGAAUCCGUUGUUUUGCAACGAAGCAGCGCUAAUGAGUUUAGUCAUCAGAGUUUUCAACGGAAAACGGAAUUGUCUGUUCCUAGUGAGACCAGGGACAGAGGUAACUUGAAUGAUGAACCGUGGGCCAGCCAGCAACAGACGUGCACAUCGACCCCAGUCUUGGCCAAGACAAGACCUAGCAACAGGACGAAGAAUACGUCAUUCCAGAGAAUAUUAAACAUCCUUCCUGUACUGGCUCCCACGUCUGAUCAGAUCAGAAACGAGGUUUGCAGGGAGCACAGCAGAAUCUUCGUGCGCGAACUGAAGAGACACAAACUGUGGGCGCUACAGAUGUACGAUGCAUCUGCCAAACUGCCCUCUGGUAUACUGAGGGGUAAUGUUAAUCAGCUGGGAGACUUCGAUCAGUGUCUCAACGUGACGUCACAAAAUGAGCCCCGUAUAGACGGUAAAUACUGCUUGGCAUCGGUGGAUGUGGAGUCAACAAACCUGAAUACCAAUGAGAUCGAAUCCCUACAACAGGCCGUUCAACUUUCUCAGGCCUAUGCAUUCAUCAAGAGUUCUUACAGGGACCCAGGACAUUUCAUCCCACGUUUCACGACAAUCACAUGGGCAGUUUGUGUUCCGGCUUCCUGUUCGCCUUCAGACGUGCACCAAGCCCUGGAGGAGGCGCUCCACGGUUACAAUGAAACCACGGGUCUCAUCUUUGACGUUCACGUCGAUCCCGACAUGUGUUACGUCAAACACGAGACAGGAAAACCUCUGGAAACAGCCACUAUUCUCACUCUAGUGUUCUUCAUAGCGGUUGUGUCUGUAGCUACAGUAGCAACGUUCAGAGAUGCAAGACGCGUAGCGCAGCAUCAGAAGGAAGAAGGUCCUUUGGAGAGAGCAGUCAUGGCCUUCUCUGUGCACAAGAACAUGCGCGAGUUACUUGCGGAGUUGCCCGCGGAAGGCGACAUUAACUGCAUUUACGGGGUUCGGGCACUGUGCACCAUGACAGUGUAUCUGACCCAUAAAGUAAUCGCGGUGGCCUUCAGCCCGUACUCCAACAGAGUGGAGCUAACUGAGGUCUCCAACGAAGGCUGGGCAACCAUGUUGCGAACGUCCCUAGUGUUCACUGACUCCUUCUUGUUGAUGAGUGGCGUUCUUACCUCAUUCAACAUGAGUAAGGAGAUGCAGCGGAAGAAACAUAUCGACUGGAUCAAGAAAUACGUAGCGAGGUUCAUCAGGCUAACACCUGCUCUGUUGGCCGUGGUUCUCUUCUACGCUUACGUACUGGAGCAUCUUGGAGCAGGACCACAAUGGAAUUUGGCGGUCAAGAGGAAUGCAGACUUCUGCAAGGAGAGCUUUUGGAGGAACAUCCUGUACAUCCAGAAUUUCUUCCCAUUUGAGCAAAUGUGCGCUACCCACACUCAUCAGCUGGCCCUAGACAUGCAGCUGUCGCUCCUGUCACCGUUACUGGUCACUCUCUUGUGGCACUGGCCUGCCUGCGGUGUGUUGCUGUUGCUGUGCCUCCACGCCCUCUCUACACUUCUACGCUACGUAGCUACUUACCGCAAUCAACUCUCACUCGCCAUCUUUCACGGCAUUACGGUGAAGCAGUUGUACCAGACGGCAAACCUCACGUAUACCCGCUCGCUUCAUAGAGCAACCCCUUACCUACUGGGCGUCAGUCUGGGGUACUUGUUGCACAGGACUGACAGGAACACUCAAAUUCCGAAGAUGAUUGUGUGGGCAGGCUGGUUGCUGGCAACCUACUUCGUCUAUCUGUGCUCGUUCUCACACUCUGAUCUGAGACUAAGAGAUUAUCGAUAUAGUGUGAACGAUGCAUCGAAUUAUGCAGCUUACUCCCCGAUAAUUUCUUCACUUGCACUUAGCUGGCUAAUAUGGGCGUGCUUCACAGGUCAUGGAGGCCUUCUAAACGAGUUGCUUUCCUCUAAGUGCCUGGUCAUCUUCAGCCGAAUCUCUUACUCUGUAUACCUCACACAAUUUGCUGUGUUUUUCUACAAUGUCGGCAGCAUCAGGACCUCAGAAAAAUUCAGCAUAUUCGCAAGUCUUAACAUGGCAGAAAUUCUGACGGUGUUGGUUGUUUCCACUCUGGUAACUCUGCUCUUCGACUUACCAAUGCAAGAAAUUAAGAGCAUUCUUAUGGGUGACGGUCCAAGACGUGGCAAGGCGCACUGAAGCUGCAUUUCUGUAUGAAGAGACUACAAGGUUAAUCAAGUAUAUUUAAAUGCAACGGAUAUUGCAGUAUUGGCUGUAGCGAGACAAUAUAUUUGUAAUAUUCAUUCUGUGGCACACUCACACUCAAAGAGAAGGUUUAUUGUCAGUCUAAAACCUCCCUGAAGUUACGUCAUACAGAAGAGAAUACCUUGACGAAAUCUCCAGUAAGGUGAUUUUGGUUCACAUAGUAAGUUGGGAUCGAACCAGGGCCGCCGCGGUGGGAAGCCAGCUGCUAACCGCUUGAGCUAUGGCGUGGCCCAAUGCGCUGUGGACUGUUGGAAUUGCAGUCGGACAUUUUCUUUACGACUUCAGAAGGAAGGGUAUAUCUGUCUUGAGUCCUGUGAGUAUGUGUCUCCAUUCUUAAAAUUAAGUAAAUAAUCCAGAAAAUUUUGGAAAUGUAAGCAUAACAAAACGUGAUCCCGGAUAGCUCAGUUGUUAUUGGUACUAGGCUAUGAGCUGAACGACCGAGGAUGCGGAGUUGGAUUCUCAGUACAAGCAAGAGAACUUUUCUUAUCCAUAACGUCCAGACCGGCUCUGGAAACCCUCUCAUAUAGCCUCCGGCUAUACUUCUGGUGGUAGAGCAACAAAGGCAUUAAACUGACCACUCACCUCCAUCUAUUGCACAGGAUAAGAAUGCGUGGAGCUAUACUUCCACUCUACCAUAUGUCUUCAUGGAGCUGUGUUUAAUUAAUGAAGUAGAGGGAGAAAUUUACUUUUGCCUCAUUUACAUUGCCGGAACAGAUAUUUUAGUACAAUUUUCAGAAUACCCGGGGCAUAUUAAGUAUAUGGCAUUAACCAGUUUAGCUUGUAUUUACUUUUCUGAGUUAGGAAAUGAUAUUUAAAUGUUUAGAUAAAAUUUCAUUCUAUUAUCGGUAUUAAAGAAGUUUUCAUAUAAAGAGAACAUUCCUCUUUACCCUCAGAAUAGCGGACGACAGAAAAGUAAGAGAAGAGAAAUUCUCUUAAAUUUUUCGGAGACACAAACUGAUUCAGUCUUUAGAGUGCUCUGAUAAUGGAUUCAUCAAGUUUCUCCAGAACAAUAAUAACCACCUGUUAGACUUCAUGUUUUCGUAAACCAGAGGAACAGAACAUAUAUUUUCAAACUGUUGAAACUCAUAUGCUGGUCACGGUAGCCAAGCAGGCUAAGGCAUGAACUGUCUUCGCUCGCUCGGAAACCGGGAUCGUGGGUUCGGA